CGACCCUGAGCACAUAUCAUUCAACAGCCAGUCGUCGCGUCAUAAAUCGUAGCUCUCGGCCAGACCGAUAUGUUUGUUUAUUCAAUUGCAGCCGAACAAGCAUUCCAUAGAGCUCGUACGACGAUGUUUUCCACCAAGACCAAAAGCAAGGACCCCGCUGCCCUGGGAAUCUCCUGUUGCUUGCUCCUCCUCGUUUUCUUCCUCCUGGAGGCACAGCCAGCGGCGUCACAGACUCAAAGUUCGGUGCGUUAUCUACAGAAUGCCAACGACAACGUAAACAGCAACAGCAUGCAGCAGAUGCUAAAGGGAGCGGGCGCCACCCCGGUCAAUUGGCCCCAGCCGCCCAAGCAGGCCAUUCCCGACGUUAAGACUGAACUAGCCAAACUAAAUACAACGUAUGUCUACCAGAAUGCCUGGCCGGCAAAUGAAGUGAAACUGGGAGCUGUGACAGCCGUAAGCUUCGACAAGGCUGGAAACGUUGUCAUUUUCCACAGAGUGGACCGUAUCUGGGGACAGGAAACAUUCGACAACAGGAACCAGUACAUGGAGAAGUUUCGUGGUCCCAUCAGGGAAAGCACCAUCCUUGGACUGGAACCAGAAACAGGAAAGCUUCAAUACGAUUGGGGCAAGAACUUCUUUUACAUGCCUCACGGCCUGACUGUGGAUCCUGAGGACAACGUUUGGGUAACGGACGUGGCCAUGCAUCAGGUGUUCAAGUUUCCACCCCGCGGUGCAGGCGGUAAGCCACUGCUCACCCUUGGCGUCACCUUCCAGCCCGGCAUAGGCAAGAAGUUCUGCAAGCCCACAUCCGUAGCAGUCCUGGAAAAUGGUGACUUUUUCGUGGCAGAUGGUUACUGCAAUGCCCGCAUACUGAAGUACUCGCGGGCAGGUGAGCUGAUCCUCACCUGGGGUCAGAACUCGUUCGCUGGUGUUUCCUAUGAUGUUGCGCCGCAAAACUAUUUCGCCAUUCCACAUGCCCUCACCCUGGUGCCGGAGCAGCAGCUGCUGUGUGCCGCUGAUCGGGAGAACGGGCGGGUUCAGUGUUUCUACUCCACCAAUGGAAAAUUCCACUCGCAGUAUCACAACCCACUGAUUGGCGACCGUCUCUUCAGCAUGGCGUACACUCCAGCAGAAGGAGGCCAACUUGUCAUCGUCAAUGGACCCACCGCCGAACUAGGAAUCCAUCCUGAGCACUACAAUGAAGUUCAUGGCUUCGUCCUCAGCAUGGGCAGCAAACAGGUGGUGUCCAAGUUUGGACCAAACAACAUGGAGUUCCAAAAUCCGCACGACGUCGCCGUCACUACCGACGGAAAAGAAAUCUACGUGGCUGAGCUGAAUCCUGCUCGCAUUCACAAAUUCGUGCACAAGUCCCUGGCGAAGCCCAUGUCUUUGUCGGCCACCAAGCACUCUAGCAGCAUAACUACCGAUCUCAGCGAGUCCAGUGCAUUGGAUGCAUCAACGCCACACACGGGGCACCAUCCCAGCGGAAAGGCCAUUCUGGUGUCUUCGCUCAUGCUGAUCUUCGCCGGAUCCACCUUCGCACUGGCACUGUUCUUCGCCCAGCGCCGGAAACGAGGUUGCAAUCCGUUUGGCGGUAGGAGUCGACGCCAUGCAUGGGAAAAGAGUGACGGCUUUAAGCUCGGAGGACUGCUCGACCGGGAUCGUAACGGAUUCGAGAAGCUAGACACCCAGGCUAGCGACGAGGAACAAGAAACGACAACGUUGGCGAGCGCCCAGUUUGCCUAGAAUGGGAUUUGGACCAAGACUUACGCAAGCUAUUGAAGCAUUCCUAGCUCAAACUACCCGUACCUCACUGAACUACUGACUAAGUUAAGUCCUGCUCGAGUCAGGACAUUACUUUUAUACUUUUACAAUGUUUUUUAUUGUGUACUCUCUUGACGAUUGGGCAGAGCAGCUGAAUCCAGCCGGCCUCUCUUUAAUUGUGUGAUGAUUCUUGUGUAUUAUUCUAAUUUAAAGCUACUUAAAUUACUUUUAUGCCAAAUAUGUAUUGUCAAAUGCGGGGAUUGGGCCUUCAGAUUGAAAACGGAAUAUAGUCUAAUGCAUUUUUCACA